UAGAACUCGUACCGGAAUUUGCUAACAUCUUUGCGUUUGUUCGCAGUGUUCAUGUACCCCUCCGACAAGCACAACGUGAUGGAAGUGACGGGCACGGACUUCAAGGCCUGCAACGUGACCGGGAACGCGCUCGGCACCUGGAACUCCGGCAGCGACACGGUGCCGCUCGCCAAGGCCGGGAGGAGGUGGUUCGUCUGCGGCGUGGGCAACCACUGCGCCCAGGGAAUGAAGUUCCUCGUUGUCACCGCCGACUCCUCCGCACAGGCCCCAGCUGCGCCGCCAUCCUCUUUGGCCUCGUUCGUCAGCGGAGCGGUUUCACAGGCGAUGGCAGCCGCCGGCGCCGUAGCCGCAGCCGCGCUCAUGUUCUGA